AUGGCUACAUCAAAUAAAUUUCUAAAACAUUUUCGAGAUUUACAAGCCGGUGAAAGUGAAAAAGCUGGAGCUGCUGAAACACUUGCUUAUCUUAAUGGUGAAUUAUCAUUUCAAGAAUAUGAAAAACGUGUACGUGAAGUAAAUACUGAUUAUUCAAAUGUAUCUGUUGGUAAAGUUCUUGAUACACGUGAAGCUGAAAUAGUUGAUAUUGAUAAAUUAAUUGAUGAAUUAAGUGAUAUUGAUGAUUUAAGUGGAUUUAGUAGUAGUAAUACUAGUGAAAAUUCUGAUGAAUCUCAACAUAAUAAUGAAUUAUUAAAAAGAAAAAAAAAUGAAAAUAAAUCAAAUAUAAAACGUCGUCGACAAAGAAAAAAACAACAAGAUACAGAUGAAAAUUCUGAUGAUGAUGAUGAUGAUGAUGAUGAUGAUAAUGAAUAUGAAGAAAAACCUAUUGAUCAAAAUGAAAUACGAAAUAAAAUGGUACAACAUCUUGAACAAAUGCGUUUAGCUAAACAAAAAAAGAAAAAACAAUCAAAUAAAUCAAAAUAUUCAAUAAAUCGUAAACGUCCUUUAUCAUCAUCUGAAAAAGUACCAAAAAGUCGUCUUAAUCAAGAAUAUCAAGCAUUAAUGGGUGAAGCUAAUAUGGCUUAUGUUCAUGGUGAUAUUCAAAAAGCAUUAAGAAUAUGUCAAGAAGUUAUUACAAAUGUUCCAAAUGCUGCUGAACCUUAUUUAACAAUUGCACGAAUUUAUGAAGAUCAAAAUGAACAUAAUAAAGCAUUUGAAAUGAAUUUUGUUGCUGCUCAUUGUCAACGUUCAAAAGAUUUAUGGCUUCGAAUGCUUGCUGAAUGUCAACAACGUAAAGCUGAUGAUUUAGUAACAACUUGUUAUAAUAAUAUUGUUAAAAUUGAUCCUAAUGAUAUUAGUAUGCAUUUAAAACGUAUUGAACAUGUUGAAAAACAUGGAACACGAAAACUUUAUUUGAAUAGUUUACAAUCAUUACUUAUGGCUUUACAUCCAUCAGAAAAUUCCGAACAAAAAUCAUUAUAUUUAGAAAAAUAUCGAAUUCUUCUACAAGCAAUUCUUGCAUCUGAACGAAAAGAUAAUGAAUUACAAACACUCUUCUAUAAAGGUCUUCGUGAUUUGGGCACAGAUUUUCCUUCUGAAUAUAUUGAACGUCUUUUACAAAUACAAUACAAUUCGAAAUCAUAUCCUGAAUUACUUAAAAAUUUAAUUAAUUUUACUGGUGUUCGUUUAUCAAAAUUCAAUACUGAAUUAGAAUUACCUAUUGAUACAACUGAUUUAGAUGAUCUCAAAGAUGCAGAUUUUCUUUUACCAGAAUUUUAUAGAACAGAUUAUUAUGGUAUGUUUCUUGUUACAAUUAUUGAUAUGGGUUGUAUAUCAGUAGCAUUGCGUCUUUUACCUAAUUAUAAAUCAAAUGUACGUUCAACAGAUCAAUUAUUAUGUCUUGAUGUAAUGUCUGCUUUUGCAUUAAACGAUAAUCUUAUUGAAGCAUGUCAAUUAUUUGAACAUCUUUCAACAUUAUCAAAUUUAUCAGCUCAAUCAUGGUUUCAAUAUUCUGAAUGGUUAACAUCAUUAUCAAAAUUUCAUGAAGCAUAUGAAGCACUUGAACAAACAUUAAGACUUGAUUCACAAAAUAAUGAAGCACGUUUAUCAUUAUCAGCAUUACAAAAACAAAUUGGUAUGAAUGAACAAAGUCAACAUACAUUAGCUGAAGUUGUUAGUCGACCAAUAAAACAAGAAUUAAAUGAAAAAACAGAUUUUCCUGAUGAAAAUAAUGAUGAUGAUGAACAACAAGAAGUAACAGUUGAAAAAAUUCAUUUAUUAGUUGAACGUUGUAUAACACUUUAUGAUCAAAAUCAAUUAACAUAUUUUAUUCCAUGUGCAAUGCAAUUAUUUUUUGGUUCAAUUAAAUAUUUAUUAACAGUUGAUUGUUCAAAACGUUUAAUUAAUUGUGGUACACGUGCACGUCGUCUUGAAUUAAUACAAAAAUUAGUUGAUGAAAAACGUAUUAUAUUAAAUCCAUCAUAUACAAGAAUAAAUACAGUAUUAAAAAAUCGUAUUAUUGAUUUAUAUGGAAAAUUUUGUGAUGUACUUAUACAUAUUAAACGACAUGAUCUUCUUUUAAGAGUUACUGCAGCUGGAACAGUUAUUCCAUUUCUUUAUGCAAGAAUUGAUUGGCUUAUUCUCACUGAAUUUUUAUUAUUCAUCAGUUUAAUGUUACAACAAAAUGGUGAUCUUGCAUUUCAAACAUGUCGAGAAAUUUUUCGUUGUUAUUCAAAAUCAUCAGUUAUACAAAAUUUAUUUGCUUUAACAGCAACAAUAACACCAAGUGUUCGUUUACAAAAAUUUUGUGUACGUUCAUUACAAAAACGACCUAAUUCACCAAUACUUCAUCAUAUGGUCGGUAAUUUUGCAUUAAUUGGUGGAACAUAUCGUUUAGCAAUUAUUCAUUAUAUGAAAUUAUUUCGUUUAACACCUGAUGAACCACUUGUUUCAUUAUUACUUGCUAUUUCAUUUGUACAUGUUGCUUGUCAAAAAUAUGCUUAUUCAAGACAUCAACGUGUUUUACAUGCACUUGCUUUUCUUAAAAAAUAUAGAAAUUUACGUGGUGAAUGUACAGAAACAUAUUAUAAUAUAGGUCGUUUAAUGCAUUUUCUUUCGUUACAUUAUGCUGCUGCAUAUUUUUAUCAUAAAUGUUUAGAAACAGAAUCACCUAUUGUUGAUAAUGAUGAUAUAUAUGGAUUAAAAUAUCAAGCAGCUUAUAAUCUUGCUUUAAUUUAUAAAGCAAGUAAAAAUGAAAAAUUUGCUCGACAUAUUAUUCGAACAUAUAUGACUUUAUCUAUUCAAAAUCUCAUCAAUAUCUUGCGUAAUCUCAUUUUAAAGAAAUUCAGCACAAAAGUUAACACAAAAAACACAACAGCAACAACAGAAAAGAGUGAGAGACAACCUCAAAGAAUGAUGGUAAUAUUUAUCAUGCUUUACUUAACAUUGGCUUAUGAAAUUCAAACGAUUCAAACUUUGGAAUGUUAUGCGUGUAGUGGAGGACAAGCAUGCGGCACUUUAUUUUUACCAAACUCAUCAAGCGUUAGAAUCGCUAGAUCUCCGAAAAAUGAACCACUUUUUUCAUGUUCGAUAACUGUAACCCCAGAAGGCUUGACAACUCGAGACUUAGUGCCCUCGCACAAAUGCCGAAGUUCAUCAUAUGAAUUUUGUUGUAAUGAAGACCUUUGCAACUCUUUGGCUUCUCCACCACUACCUGCAUUAACAUCUCUCAAGUGUGCUAUAGGUAAAUGCUCAAUGUCUAAUGGACUAUGUAUCGAUGAUGCUGCUUAUGUUACGGUUCUCAGUAGUGCCACUGAAUCUUGUUCGAUUACAUUUGGUAAAGAGAACUACAGACAUUACAAACGAGGCUGCCAAGCAACUAUUAAGACAACUCAUUCAACUGGUAGAGUGGCACAUAUGACUGGUAACGACUUAUCAAUCUUACCCCCGUAUGUUUAUAAAAUGGCAUCAUCCAGCAAUUCAGAAUCGUGUGCUACGAUCGUUGGCCUCGGGGGGCGAGAUGUUGUCACCGGCAAAACCUAUCCAGCCUUCACUAUACGUACGUUCAUUCCAAAGUGCGUUAAUCAACCACUGGGCUCUGUUUCAUAUGGUGGUGCCUAUUUCAAGGGUCGUAUUGAAUGCUGCUCAAGCCACUUGUGCAAUACACAAACUUUGGAUACAAAAUCCAAGCCGCGCAAUAAGAGGAAGAUUAUCCUUAUUGGCAUUAGUAUCGUUGCCGUCGUUUUACUUAUUAUUGUCGCAGUAGCCAUCGGCUGGGCUAUUUAUCGAUGUCAACAGAAAAAGAGCAAAAGUAAGUAUGAUCCUUGUUCGACGACCGAACCUGCAAUUUUACCGGAAACAUUGGUAAAGAAAUUUAAAAAGUCGCCCUCUAAACAAGCUGGUGGUGAUUAUUAUCCUGAACAAAGUGCUGCCCCUUAA